AUGGAGGAGAGACACCAGACUCUGAAUAAUGUCGUCCACCGACAAGUCACCGGAGCCAACGCCGGCGAGGGGUUCGGAGCCAACUCCGGGGAAGCCGAUGGGGUUUGGACAGCACGUGAUCGACAAGAGUGCGAUGAUGGUGCAGUCAUUGGAACCCAUAAAGCAGAUGAGUCAGCACGUGUGCUCCUUCGCCAUCUACAGCCAUGACAUGUCUCGCCAGAUAGAGACCCAUCAUUACUGCUCUCGACUCCAUGAGAAUUUUAUCCAAUGCGCCGUCUAUGAUUCUGAUCAACCCCACGCUCGUCUCCUUGGUGUGGAGUACAUCAUUCCUCAUGAUUUGUUUGAAACUAUGCCUCCGGAGGAGCAGAAACUUUGGCAUUCUCAUGCUUAUGAGAUCAAAUCAGGUCUCUGGGUGAAUCCUAGAGUUCCUGAGAUUAUUGGGACGCCAGAGCUCGAAAAUCUUGCCAAAACUUACGGAAAAUUCUGGUGUACGUGGCAGGUUGACAGAGGGGAUAGGCUUCCAAUGGGUGCACCUGCACUGAUGAUGUCUCCACAAGCAGUGAGUCCUGGGUUGGUGAGGCCAGAGUUGGUGGUUGAGAGGGAUGCAAAGUACAAUAUUUCCUCAGAGAGUCUGAAAAGCUCAAGGUUGGAGAUUUCGGAGCCAGAGAUGAUCAACCCCAUGGCAGAUUAUUGGAAACAGCACGGCAAAGGGUUUGUCAUUGACUUUGAGGAAACUGAGAUGAAGUUGAGGGCACCUUUUCCUUGAAUACUAUGUAGCUGUUUGUUUCAUUCUGAGUCAAUAAAUCAGAAUUCCAUAAGUAUGUGGAAUGUUUGGCCGUGUGUGGCUUUGCAUAUGUUAAUGGGUUAUAUGGAAGUCUUUGAAUUUUGUAACUACUGACAUAAUGUUUUUCAUCUGUAUUAAGACUUCAAUAAGUAAAGUAAGGCGAGAUCUGUUCGGGUACAAUGAAA